UAUAAAUAAGUACUAUGCCAAGGAUUGAAAGAACCCGGAGAGAACGAAGGGAGUAAAAAAAAACAAGUCUAAUCUAAAACAACUUUUGUCAAUUACUUUCUUUAUCUUCACUCCCUACCUCAUCUGAAAACCUGCAAAGGUUUUCUGUGUGUGUGUCUGUCUUGUGUUUGCCCCACUUUAACAACUCAGUUUUUGCUCCUUUAAAAAAAGGUGGUCUACUGGUUUGGGCUAAAGGACUCUUGAAACUCAAUCAUUUUGGGAUUUUUGAUGGAUAACUGUGAAUUGAAUUGAUGAAAAUGGGAAUCAGUGUUCUGUUUUACUCUGCUUGAAGCUGCAAAUUUAGAAUUGCUUGCAGGAGGAGGAGGAAGGAAACAAUUCUAAAUAAGCAAUGCCGGUUCCUCUUGCACCCUACCCAACUCCUCCGGCACCAUUCACAGUACCGCCUAAUGGUGCGCAAAGCCAACUUGUUUGUUCUGGAUGUCGAAACCUUCUACUGUAUCCUGUUGGAGCGACAUCGGUUUGUUGUGCUGUUUGCAAUGCAGUGACUCCUGUACCCCCUCCCGGUACGGAAAUGGCUCAACUAGUUUGUGCAGGUUGUCACACCUUAUUGAUGUACAUUCGUGGAGCAACAAGCGUUCAGUGUUCUUGUUGCCACACGAUUAAUCUGGCUAUGGAAGCAAAUCAGGUGGCACAUGUUAAUUGUGGGAACUGUCGGAUGUUGUUAAUGUAUCAAUACGGAGCACGUUCUGUUAAGUGUACAGUUUGCAAUUUUGUGACAUCAGUUGGGGCUUCACCAAGCACAGUUGAACAGAAGUUCAGUACUUGAGUUCCCCUAAUGAAAAUACAAUUCGGCGACUUUUCAUGGCUACGAGUUCAAAUCCUUAUUCCUACACAGGUUGUAGAACGCUCUCAAAGUUCAAUGUAUAGAGUUUUUUCUUCUUUUCUCUGUCUAGCCUUUUUUUUUAUUAUUGAAUAAGCAGUUUUCCAAUGAUUUGCUGCAUGAACUGUAUUCUGUAACAAAACUUUUACAUUUUGUAAGUGAUUAAUGUUCCAAAUAAGGAAACACUUGUUUUCUUUUUGCAAUGUAAUGGAUAUCAGUAUCAGCCAGUCCUCAGAAAUAUGUAUAAGUUUCUCUUUCGUCUCAA